GGUUGUAAAAUGACGAAGGGUCUCACUUCAGGAGGAACAUUUUGCAGCUGAUGGCAUUUUAGGUAAGCACGCGACAGCAGGGGCCUACCUAUUUUAAGUGUAACAGAUAGUCAAUACCAGAUUCUCACCAGAACCCGGGUACUUCAGAAAUACAGACCUUAUCAAAACACCAAGGCUUCAUGCAGCUAGAAGUCCGAAAAUGGUCUGGAAACAAGCGAGUAUCAUUGGUCAGCAAUUAUGGUCCACAAAACUAGUAGUUGGUGGUUUUUCGGGAACAUUGAACGAUGAGCAUUUCUUCAAAUAGAAUCUCCAUAUCACGAAGGCACAAAAAAAUUUCAGACAAGCUUAUCUGAAUAGAUUACAAGCUGCUUCCCUUCCUCAGCUGAAGGAGACUCGGUCAGGAUAAUCAAAAGUCCGAUAUCUCGGCGCGCUAGGCGAUAACGAUAACACGCGCAUGAGAAAUUAUUUUGGAGGCGGGAGAAAAUCAGCUUGAGAACAGGAAAGACAACCUUAACACCAUGGCUCCAGAUGCCGACAAAAAGAAAGAUCCCAGGGCUUGGGAUGCUCUGACGCCCCCAUUGGCAGAAUGGGUUCUGGAUGCGAUUACCGCUAUGGGUUUUGCCAGAAUGACGCCCGUUCAAGCUUCGACCAUUCCCCUCUUCAUGGGCAAUAAAGAUGUUGUAGUCGAGGCUGUGACAGGUAGUGGGAAAACCUUAGCAUUCCUCAUCCCCGUUGUCGAGAAGUUACUGCGGCUAGAAGAACCCAUUAAGAAGCACCAUGUCGGCGCAAUAAUCGUAUCACCAACACGAGAACUCGCAACCCAGAUACACUCCGUCCUUCUGACUUUAUUGGGGUUUCAUCAGCCGUCUGCGGAAGCAUUGCAGCCAUUGGAAGAAGGAGAAAAGAGGAAGCUUUCUUCGACUCUCAGCGUUGUGCCGCAGCUCCUACUUGGCGGAACAACGACUCCAGCUCAAGAUCUCAGCAGAUUCCUGAAGAAUAGCCCGAACCUCCUGAUAUCCACUCCUGGAAGAUUACUUGAGCUGCUAUCUUCUCCGCAUGUGCACUGUCCACAAUCGUCUUUCGAAGUGCUGGUUCUGGACGAAGCAGACAGGCUGCUUGAUCUUGGGUUCAAAGACGACUUACAGAAGAUCCUUGGCCGGUUACCCAAACAAAGACGGACGGGACUGUUCAGUGCCAGCGUGAGCGAAGCCGUGGGAGAGAUUGUACGGGUAGGAUUGAGGAACCCGGUGAAGAUCGCCGUCAAAGUGAAAAGUGCGUCUGGGGACGACAAGCGAACGCCAGCAAGUCUGCAGAUGUCAUAUCUCUUGACACCACCGACACACAAAUUCCCGGCUCUAUUAUCCCUUCUAUCUCAAUUGGAUCCUACCCCUCAGAAGAGUAUCAUAUAUCUUUCGACUUGCGCAGCCGUCGAUUACUUUACGCAUAUUCUUGCCGCCCUCCUCCCGAAGCAAUUCACACUCAUCCCGCUACACGGAAAGCACCCGCCGAACGUCCGCCAAAAGAACUUCGCAAAAUAUAUCACAACAGUUACUCCUUCAAUACUCCUCACUACAGACGUGGCAGCACGCGGGCUUGACAUCCCCCAAGUCGACCUAGUCGUGCAAAUCGACCCACCCUCCGAUCCCAAAGUCUUCCUCCACCGCUGCGGCCGAGCAGGUCGAGCUGGCCGAAAAGGACUAAGUGUAAUUUUCCUCCAACCAGGUCGAGAAGAAGACUACAUACCUUUUCUCGAAGUUCGCAAGACGCCCAUCACACCACUCAAGAAACCAGUGAUCACAAUCACCGACGAUGAUGCUGCUCUCGUAACCUCCAAAAUGCGCAAAGAAGUCCUCGCCGACCGCGCUCUGUACGACAAAGGCCAACGUGCUUUCGUAAGUUGGGUAAAAGCCUACUCGAAGCACCAAGCGAGCAGUAUUUUCCGCGUUGCAGAUCUCGAAUGGACGGAGCUGGGCAACGCAUGGGGUCUCGUCCGUCUACCGAAGAUGCCGGAAUUGAAGAAAUGGGAGGGCGACAAGACGUUAGGCGUCAAGCUUAAUCUGUCGGAAUAUGAAUACAAGGAUAAGGUUCGAGAGAAGGCCAGAAGGGUAGCGAUGGAAGAGGAGAAGAACAAGGCGCCGUAUGUGCCUAGUGAAGAGGUGGUACGCAAGCGCAAAGAGAGAGAGGCGUGGAGUCAUAAGCAUGAGCAGCAGGACGUCAAGGAGAUGAGGAGGGAGAAGAAGAAGAGGAAGAAGGAGGCGGAGAGGUUGGAGGGAAUGACGGAGGAGGAGAGGAAGAAGGAAGAUGAAUUGCAGGCUUUGAUUGAGCUGGUUAGGAAGAAGAAUCUGGAGGAGCAGAAAAAGGCCGAGGCGGAUUUCGAAGGCUUUGAUUGAUUUGGCGGCCUGUAAAUCUCGUCCAAGUUCAGAACAAAUGUCACAAACCAAAUAUAGAACCUUGUCUCAACCUUUGCGUGGCUUGGGCAUCUUUCCGCACCGCAACUUGAGUGCAAGUCCUAUUCUGUUUUCGAGCUGUCAAGCACAGUCAAUGCUCUCUUUUGAAAUACUGGGUAUCUUCUAACACACUUGAAUUCUCAAUUCUCCAACCCGAAGCCGAUGCCAGCAUCAACCCCUCUGGCCACCUCUAUCCUGAUUCUGGGGGUACUCCAACCACGACCCAACUGGUUCCAAGCCUCUCUGCUUCUCUAAUGCCUCCCAAGGAUUGACGUUGAACGUCGCGUCAUAGUACCCCAGAUACCACUUCUCAUUCCUCCCACCUCUACCAGAAUUCCCAUGCCCAGCUCUAUUCCCACCCCUUGAAUU